UCCCCCGGCCCAAGGAAUGGGUACUGGGCCGGGGCAUUGCACGCCCUGACCCCGAGGUGUAGCCGGGCUGCCCGUUCCUGUGCAGAGCUCGCGCUAGGUCCUCCACUUAGCGCAACCUGCUUCUGUCUUCUGGAGCCAGGCAGUGAGAGCCAUCCGCCCCGCAGCGAGCCCCCAGGUCUCCCUGCAGCACCCCGUAAUGCAAUUCAUCGGGGCGGGGGAGGCGGCGGCAGCACCUACGGCGCCAGCGGCAGCACUGCCCCAACCUAGAGACGUCAGAAAGAGGAGGAAAAUGGCUCCGAGCAGGGACCGCCUGCUGCACUUUGGGUUCAAGGCGACAAUGUUCUCAAACAGUGACGAAGCCGUAAUCAAUAAAAAACUUCCCAAAGAACUCCUGCUAAGGAUAUUUUCUUUCCUGGAUGUUGUUACCCUUUGUCGCUGUGCUCAGGUCUCCAGGGCCUGGAAUGUCCUAGCUCUGGAUGGCAGUAACUGGCAACGGAUAGACCUGUUCGAUUUCCAGAGGGACAUUGAGGGCCGGGUAGUGGAAAAUAUUUCUAAACGAUGCGGAGGCUUUUUACGGAAGUUAAGUCUUCGUGGGUGUCUCGGAGUAGGAGACAAUGCACUGAGGACCUUUGCACAAAACUGUAGGAAUAUUGAAGUACUAAGUCUCAACGGAUGUACGAAGACGACAGACGCCACCUGCACUAGCCUUAGCAAAUUCUGCUCCAAACUCAGGCACCUCGACUUGGCUUCCUGUACAUCAAUAACAAACAUGUCUCUCAAAGCUCUGAGUGAGGGCUGUCCACUGUUGGAGCAGUUGAACAUCUCCUGGUGUGACCAAGUAACCAAGGAUGGCAUUCAAGCACUAGUGAGAGGCUGUGGGGGUCUCAAGGCCUUAUUCUUAAAAGGCUGCACUCAGCUAGAAGAUGAAGCUCUCAAGUACAUAGGUGCACACUGCCCUGAGCUGGUGACUUUGAACUUGCAAACUUGCUUACAAAUCACAGAUGAAGGCCUCAUCACCAUAUGCAGAGGGUGUCAUAAGUUGCAGUCUCUCUGUGCCUCUGGGUGCUCCAACAUCACAGAUGCCAUCCUGAACGCUCUAGGUCAGAACUGCCCUCGGCUUAGAAUAUUAGAAGUGGCCAGAUGUUCCCAGUUAACAGAUGUGGGCUUUACUACCCUGGCCAGGAAUUGCCAUGAACUUGAAAAGAUGGACCUAGAAGAAUGUGUGCAGAUCACAGAUAGCACAUUAAUCCAGCUUUCCAUACACUGUCCUCGGCUUCAAGUGUUGAGUCUUUCUCACUGCGAGCUGAUCACGGAUGACGGGAUUCGUCACCUAGGGAAUGGGGCCUGUGCCCACGACCAGCUGGAGGUGAUUGAGCUGGACAAUUGCCCACUAAUCACAGAUGCAUCCCUGGAGCACUUGAAGAGCUGCCACAGCCUUGAGCGGAUCGAACUCUAUGACUGCCAGCAGAUCACCCGGGCGGGCAUCAAGAGACUCAGGACCCAUUUACCCAAUAUUAAAGUCCACGCCUACUUCGCCCCUGUCACUCCACCGCCAUCAGUAGGGGGCAGCAGACAGCGCUUCUGCAGAUGCUGCAUCAUCCUAUGACAGUGGAGGGUCAGCCUUGGUGAACUGAGUAUUUAAUGACACUUCUAGACAUACCGUGGAGUCUCUCCGGUGGAAGCGACCCCAGCGUUCUGGGCAAGGGUUACAAAGCACGGGCAGCGUCCAGAUCCCCAGAGCCACACAUACACAGCACAUGCGUCCUCACCCCCAUCUGCUGUAGUGCUGUGGCCAUGGCACUGAAGCUCACACUGCUGUAACAAGUGGACUGGUAAAACCUGACCAUUCCAGGUGGACAUGCCCAGGAGCAGUCGUAGGCCGUGGUGGAGGGAGGGGCGUUCCAGCAGAGUCCAGGGUCACUGCUUCUGUGGUUUCUUUAUUUUGUUAGGGGGUUUCUGUGGGGGGUUUGAAACAAUAACUAUGAUCCUCCAGGGUGAGAGGUAGCAUGGAGAACAAUAUAUGACGUAUCCAGGGACCAGAAAGAAAACUUCUGCCUCCUAGAAAUGGUAGCCAUCCGUUGGAGAUGCCUACACAACUUCUGGGCUUCCGUGUUCCCAUGCUGACAUGCUGAGCAUGCUCACAAAGAAGGCUCAUCCAUUCAUCUGGUGUUUUAGGAUUUGACCCAGAGGUUUUUUUAGCGGCUGCAUUGAAAUCACUGGGGUCCAAAUACAAUUACUUUUCUUAUCUGCUCAGUUCGUCACUGUAUGUCACUGUGCACCCGUCUUCCGUUCUCUUGCUCACUGCCACGCGCUCUCGUCCAGUCUGUCCUCCUCAGUAUGCUGCCCACUCAAUUGUUACCUGUUGCUGUUGUGUUUACAGUUUGCAUUUUGGAUGAAUUAGUUGGGGUCACCAAACAUUUUUAAAAGAAACAUCAAUAAAUAUUUUUUUAAUCUAACUUUUA